AUGGCGAACCACGAAGAGGACCACCACUAUCAUCCUCAGGAUGCGAUCUCAGCAGCUAUCAAAACUACCAUGAUGACGGGUGGAAUUGGUCUGUUCGCCUCGGCGGUUCAGAACACCCUGACCAGGCAAAACGUUGGCCCGCUGGGUGUCUUCAUGCGCAGCGGUGGUACCAUUACAGCCCUUGCUGCGAUGGGUGGUACCUAUGAAUUUGCCAAGAUCGCAUCGGCCAACCUACGUGAGAAGGAGGACUCUUUGAACACCGCGAUUGGCGGUUUCUUCUCGGGCUCAAUUCUGGGUCUUCGAGUUCGUUCGCUUCCCGCUGUCCUUGGCUACGGUGUUGCGCUUUCGGCCGGCAUGUUCGCGUUCGAUUACACUGGUGGCUCCCUGUUCGGUACCAGCAAGGAUAAGGAUGUGGAUGAGUUUGAUCGUCGCACCAAGCUGCGCAAGGCUUUCCAGACUCCUGGUGAACAGACCGUGGCUGAGCUCGGUGAGGGUCGUGGAAUCUACGGACCCAAUUACGAGGAGCGCCGCGCGGAGCGAAUCAAGGAGGCGUAUGGCAUUGACGUCCCUAGAUCCCCAGUCCCCGCAUCAUAA